AUGCCGAUUGCAGGCUCAGGUUUGGAUGAUUGCGGCCUACGUUUCCGACUCACAAUGCAGCUUUAUUCUUAUCUCUGUCGCACCUUGCCCACAGCCAGACGCACCCAACUGCUUGUAAGACUGGCAGGACUUACUGACGAUGCCGAAUACGAUGUCGGCGAAAUGUCUGGGAAUGUACCACGUCCACGGUCCGACUUUGGAAAUGAUCAUGCAGACAAUGGACUCCGGCCUAGGCCUCUGGACUCUCUUCGACUAGUCUCAUUUGGGCCUAUCACUCUGAGGCAGAAGAAGAACUGCUUUCACGCCUCCCUUCGACUAGUCCUGCAACAACCUCUCCAGACCUUGGAUUUCAGGCUAGACCCGGUCUUGGAUCUGGACAAGCAGGCGAGUUUACGACUCUCGCUGGCGGAGGUCAGCAGUCGCAACUCACCUGGUCUGAGUUCAAGCGGUUUGGUUGUGGAUGGUGGAUUCGAUCAGACGCUCUACUCAGGCAAUGCAUUGAAAAGGCUAGUCGGCAUGAUUGCUCGUAAUAUCUUCCAGACUACAAAGGAUCCUAUGGAAGCAGCUAUUUUCUAUAUGGCCAUGCGGAAGCCAAAGCUAGUGGCCGGUUUGUACAAGUAA